GGUGGGUCUCUUUAAAAUCGAACGGAUACGAUGACAGGAAAGAUCUUGCACCCGAGUUCCUAGCUCUCCAAAUUUCCCUGCCCCCCUGCGAUGGAAAAGACGCCCGAUCCCUGUUCCCAGUGCAACUCUUGGGAAACUGUGUAUGCCUCAUUAAAAAGGAAGAUCUUCGAUACAAGCUUGCUUAUCGAGAAGUACAAGAAGGUCAACGAUGAUAAUGGCUGCCUGAACAAAAAGGUGGCAGAGCUUAACAUCCUGUCCCAGUCUUUAAGGGCGGACUGUACGCGGUACGAACAGGAGCUCUGCAAUGCUCUGCAGGAGCAGGAACCUUUGAAGCAACGGUGCGCCUCUCUGCAGGCAGAGACGGCGCAGCACAAAAUACAGAAGACUGCCUUGGAGACGACGUUGGAGAGCUGCAAGGCCACAAUAAAGCAGUACGAAGCAUUGCUGGAAGCAGGGGAAGCAAAUGAAAAGCCGGCGAAAGGUCCGAGGGGAAGGCCAAAGAAGGAGGAUAAAGAGAAGGUGACGGCGCUCGAAAAAGAGCUUCGGGAGAGCAGGCGAGCGAUCAGACAGAUGCAGUCCAAGUGUAAGAAGGCCCUGACGUGCUCCAAGGUAUUAGCAGAAAAAGUCAGUGGCAAAGAUCUCAUAAAUAAAUUGGACAAGAGGCAGUUGAAUCGUGUUGUCACCAUUUUGGCCACGACAAUGGCGUCUCAAGGAGAGGAUGGCGUCGGCGAGAGCGAUGACGGUGACCGGGAAGAAGACGCGGACGACUGUCACUUGGGGGAAGCUGCCGAGUAUUUGGAGCAACUUCUUGCGAACGGAAAUGGUGCCGAGGCUUCUUCAGACUCGGACGGCGAGCUGUGCAGCAUCCACAGCGCAAGCGCAGACGAGUUGUCUCCGAAGAAACGUUCGUCAACAUCUGACAGUAGAAAAAGAAAAGAAUCUGUGAGCAAAGCGCUGGCUUCGGAUUCAGAGUCGAAACAGCGUAAAGUCGUCUUCCCGGCGAAGAGUGAGGAACCUGGGGCAACCAAGUUUCAGGAUGCCACUUCCAAGCGAUUGUUUGAAACGGAAGAUGAUAGGCCCACCAAUGCUGACGGGAAUUCAUUGAGAUUAGACGAGAACUCGAUGGAACAAGAGAGAAGCAAGACACCUCCGGAUGUUGACGAGGUGUCGGAAACACAACAGCCAACGGACAUGUCAGAACAGCAGCAGCAGCAGUUGACAGAACCGGACACAGGUUCUUCGUCGAUCGAAGUGUGUGGCGGGCAGGGCCAAGUUGAAAGUGAAAGCGAAUUGGACGGCGUGAAAGCAUCGGAGGUAACGGUGCCUCUUGAUUCCGAGUCGGGCGCCGAGCCGACAGAGACAUUACUGCAGGUGCCACAGACAGAUGCGUUAGGAGGGGUAGCUGAGGCAGACAAGGGAGGUCCCGGAGAUCAAAAUAAGAGCAAAAAAGAAACUCCUCAAGGCAAUCAUUUAGAAGUGCACAAACCAGAAGUUGUUGUUGGAGCUGACGCGGAGGCACCUCCCUUACAAGAGGUCCUCUCGGUAAUGGGGCCAUCGCAGAUCUUGCCGGACAAGCGGGAGAAGGAGCCCAAUGCCAAGGCAGUGAAAAGUAAGGAGAGCCUCGUCAAGGAUGCCGUGGAAGACGGAGAAUGCGACAUGCGCGUUCUGAAGGCAGAGCUGAGCCACAUGACAAGGGAAAUGUGCUUGAAAGACAUUAUGAUGUCUCCCUUGUCUCCCUUGCCUCCGUCCCCGCCACCUUUCGUGGAUGAGAACCCUUUGGAUAUCUUUUCUUCCCAAAACGAAAGCAGAAGAGAAAACGCUUCCUUCGCUUCCACGUCCAGAAGCAUCCAGUCGUCGCCUCCCAAGAAAAAGCGGAAACACAGGGACAAAACGCUCCCCUUCUCCAGCCAGAACGAGGAAACGAGCAGCACGUCAUCCAGUGCGAGGGAACACAGAAGGCGGUUCCUACAUCAAGAGUCCGAAGGAUUUGAACCGCACGUCGGGAACAUGGAAGAGCAGUACGGCUCAAGGGACGCCGGCUCGAGCUCCCUCAACAAGGUAGCUCCCAGCAACCAAUCUCUUUCCACCAAGUUUUCCUGGCACCCCAUCAACAAGUCCAUUCAUGUGGCUGCCAAGUUUCCUAGGGAAUCCCUCGCCAAGCCUCACGUAAUGCCCACGAUCACCAUCGACGUGGACGUCAAGGAGUUCGACUUCCACAUGACUUUUAGCGAAGUUCCUUUGGACGAAGCGCAAACGACACAAACCUCUUCAGGCAUACAGGACCACGGUCGACCCGAAUUCGUCAGUGCUAGAGUUGAGCCGACCGUGCACCAAGACCAGCCGUUUGUGCGGCAUCUACCCACCGUUCCCCGGCCUGUGACGACUCCUUUCGACUCGUCGGGAUUCAGGGCGCCAUUGCCUAGGAGACGCACAAUCAUAACCCCCGCGUCAAACUUGAACCGUGAUCACACGCAGAGAUACGAGGCGGUGUUACCGUUUGGCUCCUGUUCGCUGGACUCUGCUCCGGAGGAAGCCAUCGAUUCUCUCGUGCCCCAGAUUCUGAAUGAGAGUGCGUCCCUUGCUCGGCGCCCGCUCAUAUCUCCGCUUCCUCCGUCCCCGCAGAAACCGGGCGGCAGCAGCGGCGAACCGUCAGCAUCUCAACGGAGGUUUGGCAGGAGCCAUCACCCGUUGAUGAGGCAGUCAUCUUCGGUUCCUGAAGCGCCUCCAAACGCCCUUCGGACCUUGAGGCCAGAGAAGCGGAGGAGUUCAUUUGGUUUUAGGGUGGCCUCUUCGACGAUCCAGAGGGGUACGGAGGGUACGGGCGAUCUGCGGACCAUGGCAGACAUUCCUGAAGAAGAGCAAGUGAAGGAAGUGCCUCUCGGGAGGAAAAGAAGGAUCAGUCUGCUUUCCACAAAGGCCGCUGCAACCGUGUCCGCCGUGCAGCUCCCAAAGACUUCCGCGGUCACUACUCUGCCGGAACAAGACCACGAAGAUUCUGCUCAGAAUGUGCUGGAGGAAGGGAACACUGCGCCAUCGGUUUUGACUCGCCGGCAGAGGAUGCGGAUGCUGUUUGCUUCGGACAGCAGUUCGGACGACGAGAAGCCAGGAAGUUCCAAGACGACUCCCGUGGUGUCAGCGAAGGAACCCUCGUCCAACUCUGUCGACCCUCCAAGCCUUCCGGGCCAGGCGAAAUCGGUAGCAACCUCGGACAACGAAGUCUUUGCCGUUCCCACUGCGAAACGAAGACGCCUCAGCCGGCUCGCUUCGCGCGAUACUGACUCCCCGUUGGAGGCCACCAAGGGACUGUCCUUGCCUUCUCCGCACAGUCCAGAGCCUUCGGGCCUAGACGCCAGCGUCGAGAAAGGUGCCGCUCGAUUGCCGAAGUUCACCGCCAUCCCCUAUUCCAUUUACGUCACAACGCAGGACCACCACACCAUCUGCCUGCACGCGAGAGGCAGCCUCAACGCGGCCACGUCUCCUAAGCAAGCCCUGGAGAAGCUCGCCUGGCUGGCGGCGCAGCCGCAAGUGAACACCAUGGCCGUGCCGAACAUUGCCCGCGGAAUACGUGGGUCGCUGGACCACAUCGUGUUGACCACGCUCAUCUACCUAGGCAACACGACGGCGAACCCGCUCUUGGCCUACCACCGCCGCGAGCAGUCCGUGCCGCUGCUGACGCACAUGGAGUCGCUGAUGCUGGACUGCUUCGAGCAGCUUCGAGGCAAGAGGGCCAAUGUCGCGAACCUCUUCAAUGGCCUCCUGUCGGCACUAAGGGUGCGGCUGGCGAGUCCGCGGCGGCCCAAGACCCUGCUGGGGCAGGCAUCGUUUGUGCGAGUGGUGUCGGCCGUGUGCAAGCAACUGGGGGAGCUCUCCCUGGCCAGGGUGUUUGUGUGGGACUUGCUGCGGGGGUUUCAGGGGAAUGCCAUCUUCCUCGUGGCGGCCGCCGUCGGAGUUUGGCCGGAAAUCCUGUCAUCGUUGAGGCCCGAGCCACGGACGGAAGCGGUGUGCCUGGCGUACCGCCACCUGCUCUUUCACGCGCCCCACACCCUCAACUUGACCCUGUUGGCCCAAGCGCACGCGGUGCUGCGCGAGGUCGGCGACAUCCACCCGCUCGACGAGGCUCCUACGGUCGAGGUCGUCGCGGAGAAGCUGUUCGACUCGCUCAAAAGGGCGGCAGAACAGCCCGCCACUCCAGAGAACGCUGCCGAGAAGAAAGACCUCUGCCUCAUGCACUGCCUGGCGUUUGAAGAGGUCUGCAAGAGGAGCGAACCCUGGCAGUGGUGCCUGGACUUUGCUUUGGGCAAGCUGGUGUGGCCAACGCUGCUCGAGUGCAUCGCGCAGAGGGCAGAAGGGAAGGCCAUGGACUUGGCGCUUUGCCUGGCUUGGCUCUUGGGAGACAUCUGGAAGUACUGUCCCGUCGACUCGGUACCUACACUGCGGCCUUUCGUGGACAAACUGGUAGAGCUUCUGACGAGCGACGACACGGAGUUUGCGCUGCAGGAGACGGUGGUCCGGUCUCUGCUGAAGCUGCCAUCGCUGGACCAGCAGGAGGCGGUGCUCUCGGCCGUGACGGGCUGGCAGCAGAGGCACAGGGACACCCUGUUGCAGAUCCCGCACUUUGCCAAGGCCAGGGUCAAGUUCCACAAGAGCGCCAAGAAGGCGCGGAAAAAGAGGGAGAAGAAACGGCCGGCCCAACCACAAGACUGAAUCUCGUCGUCUUUCUUUUGUUUUUAUGCCUUUAUGGAGAGAAACCGGAGGAGAGGAGGACGCACGGCAACUUAGGAGCAUUAAGCUCUGGUUGGAAGGAUUAGUGGAUAAACACAAAGGCUUGCUGCCUCUGUCUUUACCCGGUGUCUCCCUCCUGUCGAAGUGAGCAAGACUGUCGUCUGCUCGUUGUGUGCGGGGUCCGGUGUCUGGCAUUCAAACGCCGGACCCUGCCCAGGGAGCAGGCGACCCCCUUGUUUGUUCUGGGAGGAGACGGCUGGUAGAGAUCGAAGCAGCUAGUCCUCGCGUUUGCCUACUAAUCCUUCCAGUCGGAACUUGGCGCUCCGACGUUCAGGCGCUCUUAUCUCAUUUUUUCCUUCAGUUUCUUUCUGUAUAUCCGAUUCGCCCCUAAGCUGAUGGUGCGAUGGAAGCCACGAGCUCAUUGCAGCAGUCAUUCGUUCAUCUUUGUUGACGUGAUCACGACCCCUGUCUCACACAUGCAUGGAUAGCGGUGCCAGGUGACGAAAGGGAGGCGGUCAAUUCGUCCAUCGGGCGCCUAGCUUGCACCGAUUCGUCAGCUUAAGGGUGAGCAGAGUAUAGGUCUUCAAAACCCUGCCUGCAUGUUUCCAGCUGCACUUUUUUUUUUUUGAAAGGUGAUUUGUAUAUAUAUAUAUAUAUAUAUGUUAUUACUAAGAGAUGGAUGAUGCAAAGUAUCCCACUGAGGCAAGAUACUUUUAUGUCCUGUUUGUGCAAAAGCUGGCAACGUUGGCGAUAAGUGAGAGUGUCCCGUCUGGCCGUACAACUAGUUUUGUUGCGGCAAGAGCUUUCAAACCUACGAGCUCAUGCUCAUUGUCUGAUCAGCUUGUAAAAUAUACACCAUGAUGAACGUGCAUAUCAGUAUCCAUCUGCAGACCUUUUAUUUUCUGAUCAUUUGCUCGUGAAAUUUCAUUAUAACAAAUACACCAUCUAAAUGCUCAUCUCUUGCAAGUUAUACCGCACUCUGUGUGUUCUCAGGAUAUGGUUGGAUUUUCUGUUUCUUUCCCUUUAUAUUUUACUGCCCUUGUCCAAACAGUUGGGAGAGGGGCUUGAAUUCAUGGUUAUUUUUUUUCUUUGAAGUCAAAUUUAUUUAACUUUAUGCAAAUCUCAGGAUUUUAUGGUUUUCUGGUUGUACCUUUGGCAAGGCCAACCUGAAAUAGGUUUGCAUCUUUCCGCAGAUACGACUCGCACAACCAAAAUUGGCCGUUCGUUUUGGCUGGUUGUCUUAAAUGGGUGCAUGCGGCUCUUGUUACAGCCCAUAUAUUUGGACAGCCUGCUUGUUUGUAGCUUAAAAGAGUCUUCAGAAAUGGAAGUUCGGGAAGGUGUUGUCGUUCCGCUCUUGGAGAGAAAUCGCAACGGUCGAGCACCGUAGGAAACACCUCCAGGUUGCAAGUAUUGGGUCAAAUUAGUUUAGUACACCCUAAAAUGAAAAACAUUUCCGUAAAAUGCUGGCGAAGCACCCAGCCCACUUUCCCCGAAAGCUGUGUUAAUCUGGGUACAGCACUUGUCCAGUCAAAUUGGUAAAAACCGAGAUGACGGCAAGUAAAGAGCCACGAAGUCAGGGCGAACAGGAUAGGAGAAAGCGUGCCUGUUUUCUCACGACGUCCCCGUCGUCAUUGUCGUCAGCGGCCUCAUGGCCGCCGCAACGGGGGUGAAUAUUUUCGGCCGAUGCCGGCGCUUUCAAGGGGGUGGGCACCUAACGUGUAAUUUGUGGAAUUCACAAGUUUGGGAAAUGUUAAAACAGUGGGCGUUUCUGCGGUGCGUUAUAAGGUGAGCAUGGCAGGAAGGACCUCGAGUUGUCCAGCGGAGGCUUCCUACCUGCGACAACGCUUUGGUGGUGUUGCAGGUUACCAAAAGUGGAAGCUCCCGCUCCAGGCAGAGCAUCUACUGGGAAUUCUUGACCCACCGCCAAAUAUGAUGGCCCGUGCGCAAUUGUGCAAGCUUUCCAAGGUCAUUUGUCGUCUUAUUUCCCCCUUUACGUCAAGUAGGGGUCCAUGGGUAUUGAGUCCGUCCAAUACCUCGCUUACUGUUGCAAGUUUCAGGAUUAUUUUUUCUAGAAUUUUUAGUCCAUUUUGCAUUUUGGUAGGUUUUCUUGGUAGGAAUUUUUCGCCUCUUUUCUCGAGAUAGCUAUGUGUGAACUCCCGCGAUAAAAUUCAUACCCAUGUACCGAAAAUUGUGUGAGCGCACAACAGGUUACAAACAAGCGUUGAAAGUACCGUGCGGCAUCUUCACAAGUGCUGCACCCAUUUUUCUUCAGAGGACUUGCAAGGGGCAUGUGCUUUCUGCACUGUUGCAUUUGUUGCUUCUUGUAUGGGAAUUGCAUAGAGGGGAUAUGUGAAGCCUCUUUUGAGACUGUAUGAAGUGUUCUAACAUGCGUCCAUGCUGGAAUUUGUUGGCAGACAGGGAAGAAAUCGGCAAAGUUGAACAGGGAACCGUAACAAGUUGAACCAGCUUGACUUUGUUUUUAAACAUUGCCAGCAAGUUGUUAGUGGUUGCCUCGAUUGUAUCUGGAUAUAUUAUUCUCCCUAACAAGGCUUUGAAAGGGCGAGGAAUGCUGUUCAUGUAUUUUCUCCCAUGCAAUUAUGUACAGCUUAAACAGCCAUGGCCACAUUUUUGCAACAUGUAAGUGAUGACUGUGGCGAUAUGGCAUGUACAAGUACCAUUUUUUAACUGUUACACAUAUCACAUGAGAGAUAUUGUACAUAGGUUGCACUCUCGUUUGCAUUUCACUUGUUUUCUUGCGAGUAGUGUCAUCAUUUCAUGUGUAUAUACGUUACGGAGCACUCAUUCUGUUGGCUACACUGUGUACAUAUACUACAUUGUUUCAUGCACCCAGCCAGGUUGCUGGUCAGAGGUUUAAGAGAUGAGAAAACUUGUUCACGGGUCUAGUGUGCAUUAAAGUUUUGAGUAUGGGAUUUGUAUGAUGUUCCAAAGAUUGUCAAGCAAUAAAAUGUUACAUAAAA